GCCUGAGCUAUUAGGCCCACAGCGAAGCUAGUGGCCAGUACGUAGGGCUCACGGUGCCCAGGACGACUGCUCUCCAACUGCCACUCGGACAUCUCAACAGCUUGAGAUUAGUGAUCAUACCGCCUACUUGUAAGCGCAUGUCCAGAUGGCUUGAAAGAAUAUUUAGAGAGCCGAGCUACAAGAGGCGUGGAAGUUCUAGCAUGUCGAAUCAGCGCACCGCCAGACACAAAGCCCACUUCCCAGCAAAGCACGAUCUCCGGCCCACACCCAUUUCCCUCAAUGGCGACGAUUCCUGGCUCCUAUCCUUUCGUAGCCCAGAAUCCGAUCACAGAAACUCAGGAAAAGCAUACUUCCACAUCGUCCAUCACCCCUAGCUCAACGGCCCCGAAGUCCAAUAUUCAUCUUGGCCAG